AUGCGCGACCUGGCUGGCCUUGCCUUAUUACCGCUGGGCGAGUUCCUCACCGAGGUCCUCGGCCCGCUCGGACCACCAUUUUGGCCAGCGAUCUCGGCCGCGGACGCGCAGGCCGAGCCCGCCGCUGAGCCGCCCGACGUUCGAGCGGCAAGCGUCGCUGAAGCAUCCAACAGCACGUGCGCAGCAAAGAGCGCUAGCGGCAGCGCUGGCGACGGUGGCGACGGUGGCGAGGGGGGGGGCGAGCGACGCCCGCUGACCAAGCAGGAGCGCGAGAGGGCGAAGCAGCACCCAGCAGACGGCGCACCGCUCCCAGCAGCACCCAACAGCAGCCGCUCCAAGCCUUCGAUCGAUGGCGCGGAUGGCGCCGUCUCGCUCGCGGAAGUGAACGGAGGACAGCCCGCGCCGGCAGCAGAGGCGCCCUUUUGGCCAGCAGACUACAGCAAGCGGGCCGCAAGCAAGAAACACAAGAGAGCGACAGCUUCGGGCGCGCACCACCCGCUGCCGAAGCAGAAGAGGCCGAGGGAUCGAGAGGCAGACGCGUCGGCGAAGCAGCCGGGCGCAGCACGAGCAGAGGCCAAGUCCGCGCCGCAGCAGCCAGCAGCGUUGCCAACGGUGGCAGCGGCGCAGCCACCGCCUCAGGUUAUGGCGGCGGCGCAGCGGCUGCAGCGGCGGGAGACGCAGGUCGAGAAUGGCAAGGACACGCGGGUAAAUGCGUGGAGGCGAGCGCCGCAAGAGUGGGGCGAGGCGCAGGCUGAGGCGCAGGCCGCCGACACGGCGGCAGGCGCGCCACUCACCGCCACGGAAAAAGCUGGGCUGGAGACGGAAGCUGGGCCGGAGACGCAGCGUGCUGGCUGA